CUGAAGCUAAAGCUAAAGCUAAAGCUGAGGCUGAGGCUGAGGCUGAGGAUGAGACUGAAGCUGAAGCUAAAGCUAAAGCUGAGGCUGAGGCUGAAGCUGAGGCUGAGGCUGACUUUGCUCUGUCUGUUGCCUGAAAGCUGGAACUCGUCUGGACGCUUUGGUGGAACAGACUUGUCGUGCUUCACGCUGGUCUCGUGUUCAUUACGAGUGAGGAGGUGUUUUAUUCAGCAUACAUUCAGAACCGCUGGUUCUGUCAAAGUACCGGCCUGUGAAACUCUGCUGUUUUCGUCAGGUCUUUCUGGGAAUCAGCGCCGGUUUUUGCAUCUUGUAUCAAUUAUCUCCUCUUCCCGAUGGUCUCGCUGAGUCACAUAAACAUCGCUGUGGUGGUUUUACUGGGACGGACGGAGCGGCGGGUCAAACAGAACCUGCGUGGACAGCACAUGGAGCUGCUUCGUGCAGGCACGGCAUCAGAGGUCAAAGGUCACGGUUCUCCCAGGACCAUGUUCCACACGGAGCUUCCUCCACAUUCAGCUCUGUUUGACCCACUUACUGGGACGCUGCUCCGUGUCUGCAAUGGGAACCAGUACAGGACUGGUUAAUGCUGAACGCGACGGGACGAAGUCACAUCCCGACAGUUUAUUAACGUUUGCCUGAUCUAUUUAUUAGUCUGCUUCUACUUGAACUCUGGAUCCCAGUCAGUGAUGAUGACAAUUGACGCCACCACCAUCAUCCUUGAGUUCAUACGUUUGACGACUUCCUGUUUAUGUGCUGUGAGUGAAACCUGUGUGGGUUUCUUUUUAUUUUCUUCCUUUUUUCUGUCUGGGUUUAUAAAUAACCUCCUUCCUCUGGUACUGGAGCUCUCAGACGCCCUGAAGCUUCCAUGAGGCAGCCUUGCUCCAGCGAGCUGAGCUGUGACGGGGGAUUUCCCCAGGAAGCGGCGGCUCAGUCUGAGGGUGGCCCAGUUCUGCCUGUGGUUUAGCACUUGUGUUUCUGUAAAUGAGAGGAAACGCGACACAGGUCCGACGAGCUUUUAGAGAAAACGCGUCUCCUCUAGAAAUUCCCCACAAACAAAUGCAGCAGCUGAGUUUCCUCCCAGCUCAGAGAGUGACUUCACUGAUGAACGGGCUCCAUCAUCCGGAUGGUUGCUCCAGAACCGUCAGCGCACUUCCUCCUGAGCAGCGAAGUCACGUGCAGACGAACCACUUUCACUCUGGGCUCCGUUUACAGGAACAUUCCACCGUUUGAGUCAAGCUGCAGUUCAACAGAACCCCAACUCUGGAAGAACCCAAGCAGAGCCCAGGAGGAACCCAGACCGGACCGGAGUCCGGUGUGUGGCUCCGCUCGUGUUCAGACCUCGUGAGGUCUGUCUGGGCCCAGCAGGCGGCUCCUCAGCGGGUCCACGGGGCAGAACCACGCCGCCGGUUCCUCUGGGCCGCCGGGCGGAGCAGGUGUUCAGCUUCACACCGGGGCUGCGUUCGUGUGUUCGCUGCUUAGAAAACGUGAGACUGUUUGACGGCAGCGUUCGAGGCCUCGGACGUUCAAACACUCACUCCACCACAUGCAUGAAGGACUGACCCUGAUGCAGCCUCGCUGGUUGCUAUGGUUACUGUCUGUCUCAUGUUCUUCAUUUCCCAUCUAGAAUUAAAGGCUCAGAUGCAAAUGAGCGCCGCCAGCUUCUGCCUGAAGCCGGACCUCCUGCUUCAGGCUUGACUGGUUUGUGUGAACAGCGACGGGUGGUGAACCACAGAGGCUUCACUGUGCAAGGUUCAAGUCAAAUAACCCAAAGACACUCGCUGGUGGUGAUGAGCCAGAACCUCAGACUAAGCCGGGUUCCCCUCCACCUCUGACCUGGUUUGGCUCAGAUCGGACCUGCGGCCUCAUCUUCGAUCAGACUUGGUGCUAGUCAUGUUUUUCACUGACCUGUGCUUCUGGCGCCGCGCUGUUUAUCUCCCACAUGGACGCUGGACCGUCGGAGUGAGGACAUAAAACAGAAGUAAGCACUUUGACAGGAAGUCGUUACUUAGAGCUGGAAUGGCGUGGGCGCUUCCUGAAUGCUGAGUCAUCCAAAGGCCCGGUGGCGGAGGCUUGGAGCAGGAUCGGCCUCUUCCUGGUGAUGUUUUACCUGCUCAGACGCCGUCAACGACCACAUUCCUGUGAACAAUGAGAGCGCAGGUCUGCGCUGGUGCCGAGCUUUGUUCCUCUGAGUGAAGCCUCGCGUGUCCAGACGCUCAGACGCUUCUCUGAGCCAGGAUUCCUCAGCCCAUUGUCACAGGGACGGUCCGAGGCCUUGAUGGGAGCUGUGGGAGCACAUCAAAUACCUGUUUGCUCAGGAAACACAUGGCGUCGCUGGCCCUGGUUUCCUCUGGUUGCACAGGAAAGCGGGCCGGUACUUACAGACCCAGUAACACCCACCAAACCACAGGCCGAGGCGUCUAAACGGAUCAGAACUGCACAGAACUGCUGCUUGUUUCCUUUUCUAACCUCUGGUCAGACAGAACCUACUUGUUCCCGGAGCAUCCAGCUCCUGACGUUCUCGCUUUUACUUUGUUCCAUUCCGUGUCUGCUCGUGGUGCUGAGUCAGAGUUUAGCAGCUCACAGUGUAAACGAGCUGAGUCCGUUAGAACCAGAACCGCUCGGUGUGGAGUGAUGGGAAAGUGUUGGUGAGUCAGUGAACUCUGGAACAGUUGGAGCGGUUCGAUUUACGUCACGGCAGCAGGAAGCGCCGGGCUCCUCGCCUUCAGCUGUGCCUCAGCUAUUUGUGUGCUGCUCGGUGACUGGGCCGGGUCGGGUCAGAGGAGACGGCAGCUGAUUCUGGAGGUCACUGACCGACAGUCAGCUGUUUUAGGCUACGUGACUGAGUAUUGACUGCUGUUCAUGCAGUGAUGACCCAGAGCCAUGGUAACGGACCGGCCCGGUCGGCCUUGCUCUGCUCCUCCCCCACUCUUAUCUCACUUGUCAUCGAACACUCACAUCCUGUCAUUGUCCCAGAGGGAAGCUGGCUCCACAGCUCAACAUGUUAACGGUCCAGAGCCGCCACCCCCUGGGAAACCGGGCCCAAACAGGAAGAGGGUCCUUACUCAGCUCGUCUUCGUCACCUCUGCCCUCUGAGCGCUCGUCCACUGGAGACGCAGCUGCUGCCUCAUGAGACGUUUGGGGACCGUGGGUCACGGAGGCUCUGGGUGUUUGGAUGAGCUCAGAGCUGCAGCACCAGAGGAAAACAGAACCAGAACCGCUGGGCUCCGAGGCGUGUCUGUGGGCUCUCUGCUCUGUCUUGACUCUUUGUACGGUUCUGUCCUCAGCCACAGGCCCAGAACAGCUGGUUACGCCUCAGGUGGGAAGAACCCGCAGUUUAAAAUAUGCAUGUAGUCAAAUUAAAGGCAAAGCCGCUGAAUGGAUCAGUCGAGCAGAAAGUCACGACUGGUGGCGUCAGCUCCAUCCUGCGCGCGGUUCUGCUCGGUUUGGCGACUCCAUCUGUGUGAUUUACAAACCAGCUCUGAGUAUUCAGUUCCGUGGUUUGUUUGCAUCAAACUCACCUUGUGUUAACGCGACGUGACUCUGAACCCGCUGGUGCCGCUUCCAUCAUCACGGCUUGGUUCUGUCCCGGCGGAUCGCACCUGAGCGGUUCUGAGCCCGCGGAGCUUCAGGCCGGGGCCGCGUCCUGCUGGAGCUGCGAAGCAGAGCCCGAUUCCUGAUAAGAUGAGAAAGUGUCCGUCAGCAACGCUGGGCUCAGAUUAACUUAAAUGAAGCACAGCCCAUGAGACCAGACAGCGAGACACAGAACCGAGUCGAACCCAGACCUUCAGUAGCUGCACACGGGGUGUUCUGAUUCACAGUGACAGGAGACUGUCUCAGACUUUGGCUUCAUAUUUAUUACGUUGAGCUCCGUGUUUGUGGAGGUUUCAACACUUUGUGUUUGAGAUCAACCUUCAGCAGCUCCAACGUGGCCCAGUUUAACCCUCGCCACCAGCUGCACCUGGAGCCGGCGCUGAACGGGCCCAGCUUCGGCCCAGAGGCUCCGCUGCACUCCAGCACCACAGCCCCAGGACCAGGAACGCGUUAGUGACACUUACUGCAUGAAGAAGGGCUGAUGCACCGGGGGCCGUUUGUUCGGGGAGCAGCUGCAACAUGGGGGCACAAAACCUGAGGUUUGACCCAGAUUACUGUUUCGCAUUCAGUCACAACGCAGCUUUCAGCCACAAUUCUCAUGGCCUGGCGACAGACGAGCUGCUGCGUGUGUGGUUUGUGUCUGACGGUGGCAGCGCUGACGCUGGGACAUUUUCCUCUUGUCAACGUGUGACGUGUCUCGGCUCUGGUGCCGCUGUUGUGUUGUGAGACGCGCAGCCCGGAGUGUGUCAGCGUUACAUGAGGACCCGCAGUCUGGCCUGAUCCUGGAUCAGCGAGGCUCGCUGGACGCACACAGACCCGACUGGGCUUCAGAAACCUGCAACACAUGUUACAGGAGAUCAAACUGGAAGUGGAACCAGCUGAUACUAAAUCAUGCCUCCACUUGGUUUAAAUACUGGAAGUCCUCUUGUUGAACUUUGUUAUUGUAAAUUUCAAACUUAAUGUCCAAAUAGAUUUUCUUUGUACAUUGUAAAUAAAUAGGAGGCUUCCAUUUGUCAUUAUGCCUCGUCUAUAGGCUCGUCUGUGGCGUGAAGGGCUCUGACUACUUCCUGGAGGAGCUCAGAUCACCUUUUAGUGCUUCAGGAUGUUGGAGCUGUUAGAAGAGGUUCCUGCUGAGACUGAAGACAAAUAAACCCGGUACCGUCCGUCCAGGGGUGGAUCCCGGUCCCGGUCCCAGGUGGUCCCAGUAGGUCCUAGCAGGUCCCAGCAGGUCCCAGCAGAAUCCAGCAGGUCCCAGCAGGUCCCUGGAGGACCCAGUAGGUCCCAGCAGAACACCAGCAGGUCCCAGCAGGACCCAGCAGGUCCCAGCACGUGUAAAGACAUUGACAGAACACCAACAAAGAACAUAAACAAAACGUCUUAGGCCCAAAAGUUAAAACACUUUAGUUUGUGUGAUUUGUUUUUCUAAGAAACUAUUAAACUAAGACUAAACAUUAAGAUUCUACAUGUGUAUUUAUUUACUGGCAGUUUUUCUCUAACAUGUCUGUGAGAAACGUCGUCGAACGGAUCCAAACAAAGCUGAUGACCGGUGCUGAACCUGGUCAGGUUUGUCAGCGUGUGGAUCAUCAGUGGUCCCGGUUUUUACCUGACGUAGCUCAGACGUGAGUGAAAACAGAACGUUAGAACUGGAGACAGUUUUUUCUAACUGAUGGCAUUUUGUUUUGCUUGUUGAUAAAAUCACUGAGCCGAGCUUUUGCCUCUGCAGCAGAUGCUGUAGGUCUGUGGUUUGUUGCAGCCUUUUAUUUUGGUGGUACUUCCUGCCUGUAAACUGACUCUAUGGGUUUGGUCUUCGUCUGAAAUAUAAAUUGAAUAGAAUAUUGAGCCAACAGUUUAGGCUCAGUCAGCAGGAAUCAGUGUCUCCUGAGGCUAAACUCUAGAAAGCUUUUACUUCUUCUUAUCAGCAACCGAACCAGAACCUUUGAGGACUGGAUUGUCCGUGAGGUUCUGAGCCUCACAGCUGUUACGAUGAUGUUUGUUUCCCUGUGACAGAAACACGUCACUGCUUCAGCAGCUUUAACAGUUUGAUGUUUGAUGGUAAAACUUGAAUGUGAAAAUCUAAUUUGUCUCAUUUAUCAGAAAACACAAUAAACUCAAACAGGAACAACUUCAGAGGCUUUAAUGAAUUAAGACAUUAACUGUGACAUCUGAAUGACUGCUUUCUCCUCCUGAGCCACAGGUCCAGCAUGGCCUCGGCGGCGCCAGGGUCUGAUGGUCUGAAGGAGAUCCCACGGGAAGCGGCAGCGUUUUCCUAAACGCAGCUGCUGCUGUUUAAGCUAAAGCUAAAGGGAAACGAGCCCAGAUCUGAGUGAAGUGCAGCGCGACCCUGUUCUGCCCGACGACUCCCAGGAGUCCAGAUGGAGAACAGCGGAUCGGCCUCGAUAAGCUGCCUUUCAUGUGAGCUGUGGGAUGCGGCCCACGGCCCCUGCAGACACGGGGGUUGUGGAGCGGGCGCCUCCCUUCAGCGGUUGCGUGGGAGGGAGGUCACGGACCCACACAAUGGGAGGGGAAAAUAACAGGGCGACGAGGCUGCAGCCGCUGCAGUGGCAGCGUGGAACGUGGCGACGUGGAGGCAGCGAGGACGCAACGGCACCUCUGACCCCUGAAACCGGCCGGGUCCGAUCAGACCGAGCCAUCCCUCUGGUUGCUCAGCUGGCGGCCGUUUGUCCUGAGGGACCACGAACGCACCAGCAUGUCCGUGACCUGUGGCCACGCACACUCGGAGCUCACAUGACUCCUCUUAGACGUCUGGGGCUUAAAACCAGGCACAAAGAAAGAAUUGAGAAAAGCCGUUGAUGCUGAAAAACUGGAGAGAAGUAGCGACGGAGCCGGGGGACACGGGCUGGUCCUGGUUCUGUCCUCAGCUCGGUUCACGCCAGGUGUUUGGAGACGGCUUUGCUGCUCUGUCGUCAUCAGAGCUCGGCUUUGAACCAGUUCUCCGGGUUUCAUCAGGCCGGGAGAACUGGUUCCAGCGCGGCCGACCGCCAGCGAACGCCUCAUGGAGCCACCGCUCAGAGGGGAGUUCUGCUGUUUGUCUUGGCUCGUCGUCAUGAGCCUCAUAGCUGCAGUAUCUCGGGUUCACCCUUUUCCCACACACACGAAUGGAACCUAUGAAUGGAAUCCAUCCCUGAAGCCGAGUGUCGAGAAGCGUUUUCCUUUGAAUCAACGGUUCCUGUCACCAGCGUUUGCUUGUCUGAACCCGUCGGGGUUUCGCCUCAGGCUCCAGUCAGACUUUCACUUUGGGUCGCUGCUCAGUUUAAGAAGUCUGAGGUUCUAGGAACCAGAGCAGGUGCUUUGUGCUGGAGGAACGUGUCCAGCGUCACAGCUGAAGCUUCAGCAUCAGCUGCAUUCACUGCACCAGCAUGAAUGAGUCACACGAUCGAAUGAGGUGCUUAAAGCUGUCGUUGGGAGGAAGUAAAAAACAGACUCAAGCUGGUGAACGCGUGCAGAACCGGGCCUCACCUCCAAACACGCACCCAGGGGUCGCGACCCCGGGGGUCCAGGCAGCAGCUGCUGCCGAGGGGCCGAGGGUCAAAGCAUGUGACGGAACCACUUGUUGAGACGUGUGUUGCAGCAGCAGGUCUCACACAGUGAUCUGAAGACACGGCGGGACGGGUCUAUUCACUGGCCCACUCCUCAUCACGCCCCCAUCUUGAAGAUAAGGCUUGUGUGAUGCAUGAGAGUCACGUGUGACAGGAUGGAAGAUGAAGGAGGACGAAUCCCAGCAGAAACAAGCUUCAUGUGUAAACGACUGAAAGAAGCCUUUAGUCACUUUGACCAUUCAAACCACAGAAACACUCAGCAAAUAACCAGGACCAGGAUGUUGCUCAGUUCUUUGGACAGCGGCGGUUCCACUGCAGACGAGCCGCUCUGUUCCUGGUCCAACAGCGCCCCCUGCUGGAACCGCGUCUCUGACCUUCACCGACCCGCAUGGACCCACGUCCACUGGACCUCGAACCAUCCUCCACCCACGAGGUCAGACCCUUGAGACGCUCUCGUCCUUCUCGGGCCCCAAACUGUAAACUGGGACAGAAUUCAGGCGUUUUAGUUGGACCUGUAGUAACCAUCGAACCAACCGCCAGAGACGAGAACUAAAUAAGUGUCGCCACACAUUCACAGUGAGUCCGGACCGAGUCCAGUACGCACAAAGACCAGUAUAGAUCAGAGGGAGAUGACGUCAUCAGAUGCUCAGACGCAGACAACAGGUUGAAUAGGUUAAAGACGCUUCGUCGUUUUAAACGAUUCCAUAUUUCAACUAUUUUAUAAAUAGAACAGAACCGAACCACCUGAGGCCCAGAAUUAAGGUUGCGGAGCUUUUACGACGACAGUUCCUGUGAAAUAAUAAGAAAUAAAAACUGAAGGCCGUGUCUGUAAAUGAGCGUCAGGCUCCAGCUGUGUUGUGUCCAUCGGGGCCGAGGUUCCGUCCAUCACCGGCCUCUGAGCCGUUCUGAGCCCAGGACGGGCUCGGUGUCAGAUGACCACCCUCGCUGCCAGUCCUGCAGCCUCUCGGGAUCUGAUGCUCCUGCUCUCGCCUUGUUGAAACCACACAGCGCGCACGGGCCUGUUUCCAAUCUCAAGUCAUACGUGAUGCAUUUGAGAAAUCAUGUGCAGCUUUGCUGGUACCGUACAGCCCACCCAGUCCGGGCCCAGUCCGCUCUGCCCCGGGGCAUCAAUACGAUUAGAGGCAGGAAAUGUGGGAAUCCCAGCAAAGGGUUCCAUCAUUAAACACAAACAACCAGAGGCCCCCGACGGCACCGAGCGCGUCCUGCUCCGCUCGCUUCACUUUCAUGUCAGCGCGUGAGAGUCUUGACUUUGAUCCAGAUCCGCGUCCUGCGCUCAGACGAUAAUCACGGAGUCAUGGAGCGCGGAGCUCAAACCGAGAGCCGAACGCUCGGGCCUCAGAGAUCUCAGGUCGUGUGCGGAUCAAAUCUCCAGCUCGCGUGAUGGAAUCAACGCCUCGAGGACAGCGUCUGUAAAAUCAGCAGACGGACUAAUUGUCACCAGUUGAUUCAGAGAAGCCCCGAAAGCGGCGCAGGCGACAAAUGGGUAUUUUCGCUGCAGCACAAAAUCAGUUAUUGCGCUUUGAUUCACUGUUUGCACGUCUGCAAACUGUAAUUGUGCGUCGAGUGUGCGCGUCAAGAGCGGCUGCAGGAGCCUUCGAGCGGAUUAGGGCUUAAGUCGCUGCCUCGAGCGUUUGGGGAUUUUCCCCUUCAGUGGUCGAUUUAAAGAAAAGACAAAUGAUGAGUGUGUUUAUCGCCGUCUCCAUCACCGCUUAUUCGUUAGGAAACGUUAUUAAAUACGAAAAUAAAUCACCGGCUGGCUGCAUCCUGGAUUAAAGCCCUUCGCCCGCUCACUGACUUUAUCUCAUUCACACGUUUUCAUUCAACCUGCUCAACGCGUUCCGCCGUCGUCUCCGGCGCCGCGCUGCUGAUGAGAGCGUCCCUCUGCGUCCUUCUCAUUGGUCAGGACGCUGUUCCUCGUGGCUCGCCGUGACAUCACACCCACCCGACCCACAAGAACGCGGCUGAGAUUGAAGAUGAUGCUGGACGUCUCCGAGGGCGCUCACACGUCGCGCUUUACGCACAGCCGCUCGUGGGCCGGUCUUUAGCGCCGAAGGCAACAGAAUUAAGCUUUCCGUCACGGAUGUUUUGUGAUCCGGAGAGUCGGAGUCUCGAGCAGUGAGAGCAGGUUCGAGCUCGGAGUCAGUUUUUAUGGACAUGGGUCGCGCGUAAACGUGUGCUCCUCGCGUCAAGGAGAAGUCCCCCACUUCCCACCUGCUGACAGGCGGGCUCGGCUCUACCUGCGGACUAUGACCCUGGGUCUGGAGAUCAUGGAGGAUUUCGUUAUCGACGUCGUAGGGGAAGGACUGAAGGACGGAGCAGAGGAGGAACCUCCAUCGGACGAGGCGCGCAGCGCGGAGACGUCCAGCGGCCCGAGCCGAGAGCAGGACGCCUCCGGCCCCGCGGCGGCGCCCGCUAGGAGCCAGGGGCCCGCGUCCGCGAAGCCGCCGUACUCGUACAUCGCGCUGAUAACCAUGGCCAUCCUGCAGAGCCCCAAGAAGCGGCUCACCCUCAGCGAGAUCUGCGACUUCAUCAGCCGCCGCUUCGUUUACUACCGGGACAAGUUCCCGGCGUGGCAGAACUCGAUCAGGCACAACCUGUCGCUCAACGACUGCUUCGUGAAGAUGCCCCGGGAGCCCGGCAACCCCGGGAAGGGCAACUACUGGACGCUGGACCCCAACUCCUCGGACAUGUUCGAGAACGGGAGCUUCCUGCGGCGGAGGAAGCGCUUCAAGCGGCAGCACUUUCGCCUGGACGCUCUGAAGGAGCCGCACCUGGAGCCCGGCGCGCUCCGCGGCUUCCCCGGCGCCUACGGGCUGGGCGCCGCGGCGCUGCAGCUGCCGCUGGCCGGCGCGUGCCCGGAGCUGUACCCGCAGCUCCACCCCCACGCGUCGCCGUGCGUGGGACCUGUCAGCAGCAUCCUGCCGGCGCUGUCCAGCUUCUUCUCCCGCGGCGCGCUCACGGCCAAGGCCUUCCUGCAGACGCAGCCCGGCGCGGAAGCCUUCUCCCCGGCGCAGUGCUCCCCGUUCCCGGCUCCUCUGGGCUCCGGCGCCGCCUACGCGCCGCCGGCGCUCUUCCACCCGGCUGCGUCCCCGCACCUCCUCGGUUUGCACCAGCAGUACCAGAAAGUCCAGAGUCCACGCGGCAGCGUGGAGCUGCUCAAACACAGGAGCAGCAAUGCCGAGUGAUCGGGACCCGGACUCUGGACUCACUUUUCUCAGGUAACACAGACGAUGAAACUGAAGCCACGGACGCAUCCGCUUCAAGGAAUGUAGAAAACUCGCCUCAUCCUCCUUUUGUGGCCAAAAUCCUUUCACACGCGCCUUUUUGACAUUUGGAUCCUGAAUUACAAUUUUUUGUAUAAAUAUUUAAAUGCCGUUUUUCCAACAGUAGCCUCUUUUUAUGGAAAGAAAUAAAAGUGACUAUUUAAACCUGGUAUUUAGUUUGGUUUCCUGCAGAGACGUUGGGAAGAUAAACCUUUAUUUACUGGAUCACCUUCAUCACAGUUUGUUUUCUGUCUUAAUGGUUAUUUCUGCUUUAAACCAAAACUGGGAUUCAUAAAACUAAUCGUAAUUUAAAUAUAAAUGUAAUAAAAUCAAACGUAGGUAAAUGAUAAAUAAAAAAAGUCUUGAUAAAAUAUGUUGAAAAAAAAACAGAUUAGACAGCGAAUUUUACAAAACACAAAUUAACAUAGUAAAAGUACAACAUACAAAACAUCUGGUUAUAUUAUGGGUUUGUAUUUUUAAUAAAUACGUUUUGUUAAUAUGUUAUUUAUUUGAAGUGAUUGAAACUUUCUACGGCGUGUUUUAAUCCUCUGGUAUUCACUGAAAUAAUGACUUUCAUACUUUCAUCUCUGCGCAGACCCGCGUGCAUAUUAUUAUGUAUAUAAUUGUAAUUGCAUUUUCAUCGAAAAUACAUUGUUCGUCAUUUUUAAUUAAAUUUUAUGCCUUUUAAUUUCUUAAUAAAUGUCCUAAAUUCAAAGCUGAGCUUUUGAUUGUGACAUUUAAAAAAAAAAUAAUUGAAAUGUCACACACGAACCAAACAUUUAGUCUCAUGUGAACUGAUAUAAAUAAUUAUAAAUUCUCAGUUCUCUGUUUAAAAAAAAAAAAAUUCAAAUACAUUCACGGACACACUGUUGCAGAUUCAAAAUAAGCGUAAUUGUUUCUAAGAAAGUAUUAAUAAUAUAAUAUAAUAUAAUAUAAUAUAAUAUAAUAUAAUAUAAUAUAAUAUAAUAUAAUAUAAUAUAAUAUAAUAUAAUAUAAUAUAAUAUAAUAUAAUAUGAAUUCUGUGGAUGUCAGAUGCUGGUUAAACAUUUCUCAUCUAAACCUUCCUCAGUCUUUAACAUCACCCAGUAAACAUCCAGUCAAUUAAUCCAGCUCAAAUAAUUCAGGAUCAUUUGACCUGAGUCUGGUUUAGAUGCUGCAUAUGCUGGACUUGAUCUGGGGCUGAAACAAAUACCAGGAUUAGAACCUGAUGCUGAGUCGCUGUUGGAAGCAGAAGAAGUCAAUAGUCUUUAGUUUUUGGGCCUGAGAUUCUGUUCAGUCUGUUCUUGCUCUUUUUGCAUUAGAUUCAGAACAUUCACCUCAAAACAGCUGCAGCAGAGCAUCAGGUUUGACUUUGCUUCACCGGUGAUGAUCAAUGAAAGGUUUAGGAGGAACAGGAGGAGUUUGUCUUCACAGGUGGAAUCAGGACAAAGCAGCCGUUUGCGCUGAUAACUGUUGAUGACUGUAUCUGACCGUUACUGAUCAUAUAUGAUUGUUGCUGAAUGUUGAUGGCCGUUGAUGACUGUUGUUAGUCAUUGCAGACUGUUGCUAAGUGUUGAUAACCAUAGUUGGCCAAUACUGAUCAUCUAUCAUUGUUGCUGGAUGUUGUUGACUGUUGCUGACUGUUGUUGGUCGUUUUGGACUGUCGCUGACUGUUGUCGGUCCUUGCAGACAUUUGCUGACUGUUUCUAAUUGUUGCUGACGGUUGUUGGUCCUUGUGGACAUUUGCUGACUGGUUCUAACUGUUGCUGACUGUUGCUGACUGU